AUGGCCAAGAGAAGAACGAAAAACAGAACCCAUAGAAAGGUGUCUGAGGAAGAGUUGGCCAAGAUCCCCAGAUCUAUGGUUCUUAGACUAGGCUCGUCGCUUAGAAACCAUUCCUUGUCUCAGUUGGUGAAAGACUUCAGAAACAUCAUGCAGCCUCACACUGCCAUUAAUUUGAGGGAAAGAAAACUGAACAAGUUAAAGGAUUUUAUCGUCAUGGCUGGACCUUUAGGAGUGAGCGAUUUGUUCAUUUUCAACCAAUCAGAAGAUACGGGUAAUAUUUCACUUAGAGUAGGUAAGAUGCCCAGAGGUCCUACCCUUCAGUUCCGAGUAAACACAUAUUCGCUUGUGAAAGAUGUUAGAAAGAUCCUCAAACACCCUAAGUCUGUAGGCAAGGACUCACCUGAGUUUUUGAAUCCUCCAUUGCUUGUUCUCAAUGGCUUUCUGAAUAAGAUGAACGAGACAGACAAUCAUGAAAAGUUGAUGAUAACAGUUUUUCAAAACAUGUUUCCACCUAUACAGCCGCAACAGACUAAAGUAUCGUCUAUCAAGAGAGUGUUGAUGAUCAAUAAGAAUGCGGAAACAGGAGAAAUUGACAUCAGACACUAUGCCAUCAAUACCAAAUUGGUGGAGGAGAACAGAAAUGUCAAGAAAUUGAUCACUUCGCACCACAACUUGAAGAAAAAUUUACCCAACAUGUCUGGAAACGCUGACGUUUCCGAAUUGUUGCUCGAUCCAUAUUCUGUAGGUGGAAUCACAUCUGAUUCUGAGGUGGAAGACGAUGCUAUAGUAGAAAUUAAGAAUGAAGAAACUGCUAACAAUAUCAAAAAGAGGACUUCUACGCCUGCAGAUGCAUCCGAAGAAAACUCUGCCACAGUGUCGGCUACCAGAAAAAGGGCCAUCAAACUCACGGAAUUGGGCCCUCGACUCAACUUGACUCUCAUGAAAAUUGAAGAAGGAUUGACAGGUUCGUCCAAGACACUCUACCACGCCAACAUCUCCAAGUCUCAAGCUGAGCAGAACGAGUUGAAUAAGAAACAUGCCUUGAAACAAAAGUUGAGAGCAGAAAGAAGAGCCCAGCAACAAGAAGCUGUGAAGGCUAAAAACGCUGUCAAGGAAGCUAAGAAGGCUAGAAGAAAGGCCAAACAAGCCGGCGAAGAGCCUGAAAAUGAUGAUGAAGAUGAAUCCAUGGCUGAAGAGAACGAAAGCGACAGCGACGCUCCAGAAAUUAACGCAGCAGACUACGAAAAUGACAGUGACUUGUACAGCGACAUUGAGAAAUAGUCUAUAACGACAAAGUAGUUGUUGGUGUGUAUGCAUUCUAUAUAAUCCCUAAUGUAAAGUAGUAUCCUU